AUGAAAACUUCAAAGAUUGUGAAUAUUGUUUUGUUUGGGUUAUUGGGUGUGGCAGUGUAUUCCUGUGCUGCCAGAACGCUCCUCGACAAAGAGGUUAGCGUUGACACUUUAGACGACAAUGGCGUUGGUGGUGUAGCUUAUGCUGCUGUAGGACGAGGCUAUGGUGGUGGUGGUGGUGAAGGUGGUGGAGGUGGCUAUGGAGGAGAAGGAGGAGGAUAUGGCAAAGGUGGAGGAUAUGGAGAAGGGGCUGGUGCCGGGGGAGGGAGUGGUGGUGGUGGUGGUGGAGGCAGUGGUGGAGGUGGAGGGGGUGCUCAAGGUGGUGGUUAUGGAGGAGGAUAUGGUAAAGGAGGUGGUGAAGGAUAUGGUGGGGGACCUGGGGGUGGUUAUGGUGGUGGUGGUGGAAGUGGAGGAGGAGGAGGGGGUGGUCAUGGUGGUGCAGCCGGUGGGGGUGGAGCACAUGGCAGUGGUGGAGGAGGAGGCGGAGGAGGUGGUGGCGGUGGCGGAGGUGAUGCAAAUGGAUCUGGUGGUGGUUACGGUGGGGGGCAAGGGAGCGGACACGGUGGUGGAUAUGGUGGAGCUAGUGUAGGAGGGUACGGUGGAGGAGGUGGGAGUGGCGGGGGUGGUGGAGGUGGUUCCGGUGGAGCACAUGGAGGUGGAUAUGGUGAAGGAUCAGGUGGAGGAGGUGGGGAAGGAUAUGGUGGUGGAGCAGCUGGUGGCGGUGGCGGUGGUGGCGGUGGUGGUGGUGGUGGCGGCGGAGGUGCUAAUGGCGGUGGAUAUGGACACGGUGGAGGAAGUGGCGAAGGCAGUGGGCAUGGUGGAUAUCUCCCUUAA